GAAAGUACUCCACCUAGGAUAAUUUGGGAGUAUGGGUGCAGGAGCUGCUUGGACUGAUGGGAUUGUCUUUGUUCUUUUCAAGUCUGCAGUUGCAGAAUGAUCUAGAAGAGGUAAAGGUGUUGUUGGAAAAGGCCACAAGGAAGAGAGUACGUGAUACCCUGACAGCUGAAAAAUCCAAGAUUGAAACAGAAAUAAAGAAUAAGGUGCAACAAAAAUCACAAAAGAAACCAGAAUUUCUUGAUAAUGAAAAACCAGCUGCUGUGGUUGCUCCAAUCACAACAGGAUAUACUGUGAAAAUCAGUAAUUACGGAUGGGAUCAGUCAGAUAAGUUUGUGAAAAUCUACAUUACUUUAACUGGAGUUCAUCAAGUUCCUGCUGAGAAUGUGCAGGUGCAUUUCACAGAGAGGUCAUUUGAUCUUUUGGUAAAGAAUCUAAAUGGGAAGAGUUAUUCUAUGAUUGUGAACAAUCUCUUGAAACCCAUCUCAGUGGAAGGCAGUUCAAAAAAAGUCAAGACUGAUACAGUUCUUAUCUUAUGUAGAAAGAAAGCAGAAAAUACGCAGUGGGAGUAUUUGACUCAGGUUGAAAAAGAAUGCAAAGAAAAAGAAAAGCCAUCCUACGAUGCUGAAACAGAUCCUAGUGAGGGAUUAAUGAAUGUUCUAAAGAAAAUUUAUGAAGAUGGAGAUGAUGAUAUGAAGCGAACCAUUAAUAAAGCCUGGGUGGAAUCAAGAGAGAAGCAAGCCAAAGGAGACACAGAAUUUUGAGACUUUUAAUUCCUUCUGAGAACUAUUAUUAUAUGGGAAUACUGAUAUUUCCAAUAAGGGAAUGUUAGUGAGCUGCACAUAGAAAUUUGACAGAUAAGUACAAAGCCUUCAAAGCAAAGGCAAAGAAUUCUCCAUUUCUUAUUGGAGGAUUUAUUUAAAUAAGAUAUGCUUAUUAAACAUUUCCUCCAAAAAUAGUUUCAUUACACCCUGGUCAUUUUGUUCAAGAAAGGGUUAUAUGGUAUUCUCAUUGAAAUAGAAAAAGCAAGUCUUGUGUAAAGAAAACAAUACAUUAUAUGUAUUUUUGUUCAGCUAGGAGAUAGAAAAAAGUAUUUGCUUGCCUGUAAAAGUUACAGAUGUCAGCUCCCACUAAUGUAAUAAGAGUAAAACUGAAUUUUUAUAUAAAACUCAAAUUUGUGCCUGUGCUUCAAAUUUGCUGUAGAGUGGAUGAUCCCCUAUUACUAGCUUGCGCAUUGCGUAUACCAGGGAUUACCAUGCGCUCUGCACUAAUAAGCCAAUCACAAAUGUUUCUCUAGAUUUAAAUAUAUUUGUUUAUGAGUAUAGAAUUAAGAAUAGACAAGCAUCUUCAUAUAGUAGCAGUAAGUUCUACCAUGAGUCAGAUACUAACCAUAAAGCAAACAUAAUUAAUUUGAAAAUCCAUCUAUUCUUAUGUUCAAUAAAGUUGGAUUUUUAUGUAA